AUGCAACGCCAAAAGGCUGAUGUGUACGUCAAGCAGCGCUCUCGCCCAAACAGCCCCGGGAAGCAAGGCAACGCCAAGGAUGGCAAUUCAUUGGCGACCUCAAGUGGCUAUGUAGCACGGUCAGCGUUCAAGCUAUUGCAACUGGACGAUCGAUACAGGUUUCUGCGACCUGGACGCGUGAUGGUAGACCUCGGCGCUGCACCAGGCGGAUGGAGUCAAGCUAUCAUCGAGCGUACUCGCAGUGCAACGACAGGCAAAGUAUUCGCACUAGAUUUGUUACCGGUGGCAGACAUCGAGGGCGUCACUUCGAUUCAGGGCGACUUUCUCGAUCCGACCAUUCAAGCAAAGCUCAGACAACUGGUCUCGGAUGCAGCGCUCGGCGGUAGGAGUGGAAGGGAUGCAGAACCACAAGUUGACGGCUUUGUCGAUGUUGUAGUCAGCGACAUGAUGGCAAACACAACCGGCCACCCGAUCGUCGAUACAGAGGCCUCCUUGGAACUAUGUCGGGCAGCAACGAACUUUGCAAUCCAAAACCUGAAGCACGACAUCCAACUGAUGCAGGAUGGAGAGCGUAGAUCGCCGACAUCGCUCGCGUCAAAGGCGAGCGUGUUGGUGAUGAAGUACUUUAUGUCGCACCAAGCCGAUCUGUUCCGCAGAGAUGUGCUCGAGAAGCACUUUCACUUUGUCAAGGCAGAAAAGAUGGAUGCCAGCCGAAAAGAGUCCAGAGAGCAAUUCUGGAUCUGCAUCGGAUUGAAAUGUAAACAGCCAAGCUAG